CGGGCGUCAUGUGAUCCGCACUCCUGCGCCUGCAAAGCGGCCGCAUGCAGCCGAGCGCCGGCCCCAAUCACAGCUCCCAGCGGUAGAGGGGGAACCAGACCGGGGCUUGCCUGGGCAAUCAGUGCUGCCGCCUCCUGCAAGUUUUGCAGCCGCCGUUGGGAGUGUAAGGGGGGGGGAAGAAAACCUUCUGGAAAAUGGCUGGGGCAAUAAUCGAGAACAUGAGCACGAGAAAGCUCUGCAUUGUUGGGGGGAUCUUGCUGGUUUUCCAAGUCAUCGCCUUCCUGGUGGGAGGACUGAUCGCUCCACGUCCCACCGAGGCUGUGACCUAUGUGGCUAACAAAUGUGUAGAUGUGAGGAAGAAUCAUCACAAGACCAAAUGGUUUUUGCCCUGGGGACCAAAUCAGUGUAAAAAAAUCAGGGACUUUGAUGAAGCAAUAAGCAAGCAGAUAGAAGCCAACGACAUUGUGUUCUCCAUUCAUGCGCCUCAUCCUCCCAAUGAGAUGAGCCCUUGGUUCCAGUUCAUGCUCUAUGUUUUGCAAGUGGACAUUGCCUUCAAGAUGGACAACCAAAUUAAAGAAAAUGCAGAGAUCACAUUUAAUACUGUCGCUUGGGAUACCGUGGCGAGCAUGGUCAGUGAGUGGCGGCAAGGCAUCUGUAGGAAAAGAGCUCGGAAGCUCAAAUGUGUCUUUCCCCUUCCAAAAACUAAAGAGAAUGAAGGUAGCUACUAUGAAUGUGAGGUACUUGCUUUUAUGGAGAUUGGAACUGUUUCCCACAAAUUCUACCUUAUUAAUAUUCGGCUCCCUGUGCAUGAAAAGAAGGGCAUUAAUGUAGAAAUUGGAGAUAUAAGAGAUAUUCGUGUCGUGGGCAUCCAUCAAAAUGGAGGCUUUACAAAGGUGUGGUUUGCAAUGAAAACCUUCCUUACACCUAGCAUCUUCAUCAUCAUGGUGUGGUACUGGAGACGGAUCACAAUGAUGACACGAGCACCUGUCUUACUGGAAAAGUGCUUAUCUUUGCUAUUUGGGAUCUCCAUGACAUUCAUAAACAUCCCAGUGGAAUGGUUUUCUAUUGGAUUUGGGACUGGACGUGGAUGUUUGCUGUUUGGAGACAUUCGCUAGGGGACUCUUCUAUGCACAAUAGCUUCUGUCAUUUUGGAUCACAUCUUUUUUUGUGGAGAGCAUAUGAGAAUUAGGUGGUAGUAUGUAGAUCAGAAUGAACGAAACCGUUUCUCUAGCUACUGGAAACAAGUUGGGCCAAUUGCUAUAGGCGCCUUUUGUCUGUUUGUCUUUGACAUGUGUGAAAGAGGGGUGCAAUUAAAGAAUCCAUUCUACAGUAUCUGGACUACAGAUGUUGGUACAGAAUUGGCCAUGGCAUUUAUUAUCAUUGCUGGGAUCUGCUGUCUCUGUCUCUACGCUCUCUUGUUCCUGUGUUUUAUGGUGUUUCAAGUGUUCCGAAACAUCAGUGGGAAAGCAAUCCAGCCUCCCAGGCAAUGAAUAAAGCUACAUGAACUUCACUAUGAGGGGUUGAUCUUUAGGUUCAAGUUCUUGAUGCUGAUCACAUUGGCUUGUGCUGCCAUGACGGUAAUAUUUUUCAUUGUCAGCCAGGUGACCGAAGGCAAUUGGAAAUGGGGUGGCUACACAGUUGAAUUGAAUAGUGCCUUUUUCACGGGGAUUUAUGGAAUGUGGAACCUUUAUGUCUUUGCCCUAAUGUUCCUGUAUGCGCCUUCACACAAAAACUAUGGUGAAGAUCAGUCAAAUGGUGACUUGGGAGUAAAUAGUGGAGAAGAACUUCAGCUCACAACAACCAUCACCCAUGUUGAUGGACCAACAGAGGUUUACAAAAUGGCUCGCAAGAACGCCCAGGAGUAACUAAUAAAGCAUAGCUUAUCAAGCACAGACAGCAACACAUGAAAUGAUAGUAGUAUUUCCUAUGAAGGUGCAUGACUGAAAUCAUUCUAAAAGUGUUUGUGUAUUUCCACAGAACAGUAGCAAGGGGGGAAUGCUCCUUGAUAAUGAUGACCUUUGCAAUUAAUUAGACCCCUCCCCCUUCAUUACACUCCCAGUUUUGCUUUGGGUAUUAACCCAGGCCAAAAUGGGAGGGAGGGUUUAAUGAAAGGUCAGGUGCCCAUUUCCCUGGUCUGACUUUUAGGUCACUCCCAGAUUAACACAUGAGCUGCUCUCUAUGCUAUAGGAAAUCUUGGAAAACAAAUGAAUAUUCUAUGUGUUUCCUAAUCCAAAGUUUUGUUCUGCAUUUCCAAUGCCUAUAUUUAGACCCAUUUUGUGUUUUAUUUAUGUUGCAUGUAGCCAGCAUUGUUAAGUAUUUAUGUAUUUUGAUAAACUCUUCCAUGAAUUUUUACAGUUUAGUGUAAUACUCACUGCCUUUUGUAAAGUUUUGGUACAAAAAGAGCAUUUCGGCUUUAAAGUUGAAUGUCAUUUGCCGGUGCAUAUGUGUGCCUUGAGCACUAAUAGUUCUUCCUGGUGUAGAUCUCUCUCUCUCACACACACACACACUAAGUAUGCUUGUAUGAUGCAUGAUCCAUGGUAAAAUGGGAGGGAAGGUGGGGUUCAGGGUUUUGUUUUUAAUGCUGCAAAUAGUCUUGAGAAUAUUGUAGGUUUUUUUCUACUAUGAAUAAAUUAUACAUUAUUGUG